AUGGGCCUGUUUACAUACCUGUCAAGUUACCUGUACCCUCUGUUGAAUGUUCUCAAUAACAUACAAAUAUCUAUAAAUAAAGAAGAGAAUAAACCAGACUCAACAAGUUCCUCCCAGUUCUCAUCAUUUCCUUCCUUCCUCAGUCAUCCCAAACAGCAGCAGAAUCAACAACAGCUGCAUCUUCAGCAAACGCAGUAUAACAAACAACAGCAACAGGCGCAUCUCAAAAAACAACAGGUUUUCCAGAACUUUUCUCCUGCAUCUAAUCCUCUAGAAGAAGCACUCAACUCCAGACUGCCUGAUUUCAGUAACACUUAUAGAAACCAUGGUUCAACACAGUUCAAGCAACAAGUUUCCAACACAGACUUUGAACAGUUAAUAUCACGUCUAAGACAAGGUGAAAGAGUAUCUGUAGGUAAGAAUGAUAUAUCUGCUUUAACUAAAGUCUGGGAGCAUCAAGGUGCUCGAAACCUUCAGAUCCCGCAGUUUAAGUCCGGAUCAGGAUCUUGUCGUAUUGAAACCAGGAUUAAGUUACACAAGUCAGGGACCUGUAUAAUGCCAGGGAUGUGCCGGGUCGGAUCUUACGGAGUUUUUAGAGAGGGUGUAUGUAUGGAUGGUGCCAGCAGGUCCUCGUGUAAUGUCGAGGUGGUGGAGUACAAAUCCUUGGAAGGAACCUGCUCCCAGGAAGGUCAUUGCUCGGCCGGUCAAACCCUAAGCCCGUACCAUCAUCAGUGCAGACUGUUCCACAAACCAAAUACAGAACAAUAAUAUGUUUUAUAGUGUUCGUUUAAUCCUUAUAGAAAUACGAUUUUGAAAUAUUUUCUUGAACAGUUUUUUUCUGCAUUUCAACCCUUGCAAUGAUUUGACAAAGUUAAUAAAUUAACUCACACAUUUA